AUGUUAAUCAAAUCAAUUUUACCAAUUUUUGCAAUCUUGUUGUUUGUUGGUGCAACUCCUCCAGCUUGUUUUCUUUCCUGUGUUCAAGUUAUAGCACGGUGGUGUGAAAGAGCCCAUGCUGAUUUCCGGUGUGUUUGUGAGAAUAGUCCUUCUUUAGUUGGUUGUUUAGUUGAUAUUUGUCCAUAUGGUAAUUUCUUUAGUGCAAGAGAUCAUUUUUGGGGUACUUGUUUAGAAAGAUUAAGUGCUGAUUCGGAUAAUGAAAUUUCAAGUGGUGAAUCAACUCAUGAUGCUAGAUCCAAUGCUGACUAUAAUAAACCAAAGAAACCAGCCAUUGAUGAUAUUCCAUCUUACGACGAUGAAAGUGAAGAAAACGAAACAGAAGAGGAUGAAGAAUAUUAUGAUGAUGAAGAAGAAGAAGAAGACGAUGAAGAAACAUAUGACGACGAAGAAGAUGAUGAUUAUUAUUAUGAUGACUACGACGACGAAGAAGGUGAUGAUGAUGAUGAUGACGAAAAUGUGAAAGAUGGGGACCAAGAUGACGAAGACAAAAAAUAUUAUCCUAUUGAAGAAGAUGAAAAGGAAGAAAAGGACGACAAGGAAGACAAGGACUGGCACUUAACCCCUGGAAAUCCUUUUGAACCAAGAACUGCUGAUUCUAAUUCUGCUACCUUCAUGGCCCAAAAUAUUUAUAGUGAAGUUAAUUAUCCAUCAGAAGAUUACAAACAACGUGAACCAGAAGAAGAAAAGUUACAACAAAAUAAUAAAUAUAAUACCGAGGAUUAUCUGGGCUCUAAAGCUGAUGAAGAUUUAAGUGAGAAAUCUCUGGAUAUUGAAAAAGGACCUUCAAAUUUUGAGAAAAUACGUCCAAAUCAUGGUUCGUUAUACGCUGAUUAUGAUAUAGAGUCGAAUUAUAAUGAUGGAAAAAGUGAAUAUGAAUCGCAAUCCGGGGAGGAAAAGGAGAGAUAUAAUCAACAUGAGACUCAACCAAUAGAAGAAGAAGAAUACGGUGAUUAUGGAGAAGGUGACGGUAAUUACUACAACGACAAUGAUGAUGAUAAUGAUGAUGACGAAGAAGAAGAAAAUGAUGAUCUUAGUGAAAAUGAUGAUGAGUUUGAAGAAGAAGAAGAAGAAGAAGAAGAAGAAGGCGCUUAUGAUAGUGAAGAAUUCGAGGAGGAAGAAAACAAAUUUGAAGAGGAAGGUUAUGAAUAUCCUGAUACAUCAGGCUUAUAUCAAGAUUACCAAAAUCAAGAUCAUCAAUCAAAUCACGUCAAUGACAAAAAGUCAUAUGAAAGCAAUGAGCAAGAUCCCACAUCAAAUGACUUUGAAGCAAACUCCAACAGCGAAGGGGAUAAUAUAUCUACAGAUAAUGUUGAUAUUACGUAUUUAGAAAAGGAAAAUCCGGAAGUUGAAGAAGAUGUUGCCAAAUUUGCAGAUGUUGAAUUAAGAGAAAAAUCUGAAGCACUGAUUAAACAAAGACAAAAGAGUAUAGAUUCCAAAUUUUUGAAAGGUUUAACUGAUACCCCAAUAAAUACACUUAAAAAUUUCAACACCAAACAAGAGCAGCAUAGUCCAUAUACAUUCACUGGAAACAGACUUUCACACCACAAGCCUUUUAGAUCGUUCAAAGAAUAUUUAGAACAAAAUGAAAAGAACGUCAAAGUUGUUAGUUCAAGUACAUCCCAUGAAGAUGGCGUUUCUGAUGAUGGAAGUUCAGGAGAUGAGUCUGAGAUUUUUGAUCAAAGGAUUUCAAAAAAUGCACCACCAAGUAGACCAGGUAGAUAUAACAAUGAAGGUACCAUAGAAGAAGAUAUUGUCAAAGGCAUUCCAAAGAAGAUAAAAUCUCAAGUGCUAAGGUUACCGCACAAUGCUAAAGCAGUGGCUAGCAAGAUCAAAAAUAAAAUUAUAUGA